AUGCCGAUCUUCAAUUGCAUAGGUCCGAGUCGACGCCGUCGAGCCGCCGCACAUGCGUCAGACAGCAUCCGAGGUAGUCAAAGCACGUAUUUUAUCUCGAUUGCCAAGCGCAACGCUGCUUGCAAGGACAACUCCCACUGCAACGCCAACUUUGAUAUUCCGCUCGAACUGCAUUUGACACAAAAAGCAUGGUUCGGAGCAGAACGCGAGCGGACACUUGCAAAACCUCUCUAUUGUCCCAGUUGUGCCGUGAAGAAGGGCAUCGUGAUUGCAGAGUAUACAGAGGUGGUGCCGCCAGCAUUCACAGACCCGACGGCCCGACAACUGAAAAGUUACAACGCGCACGUAGCAGGUGCUGUCGAAGCCGUCGCAGGGCCAUUCACGUCGAACUAG